UAAAGACACCACAGACGAAAUCAGGGUAUCAUUUGGCUCACAGACCAAGUCUCUUCAACAUGAAAAUCUUCAUCGUCGCUGCUCUGGCCCUGGUGGCUGCUGCCGACCGGCCCCAGUCUUCCUACAGGCCCCGACCUGCCUAUUCUGCCCCGACCUACUCUGCCCCGAACUACGCUGCCCCCACAUAUGCCGCUCCCAGCUACCAGGUCCAGUCUACCUACAAGCCGAUCGCUAUCCUUGAGCAGGAGGACGUCCACCCCGGAGACGGCACCUACAACUCCAAGUUCUCCACCGAGAACGGCAUCUAUAGGUCUGAGAGCGGUGUUCCUCUGCCCGGCUACGGCAAGAACGCCUACGGACAGCCGGAGGGCAGCUACCGCCAGGAGGGCUCCUGGAGCUACUCCGACGGAUACGGCAACCCCGUCAAGGUGACCUUUGUCGCCGACAAGAACGGCUACCAGCCGUCCAGCGACAUCCUACCGACGCCGGUGCCCACCCAGUACCCGACCCCUGCUGUUGACUCCGCCUACGUCGAGCCCCAGUCGGCCUACGUCGAGCCCCAGCCGGCCUACGUCGAGCCCCAGCCCACCUACGGCAAGCCCCAACCCGCCUACCAGCCCGCCUAUCAGCCGGCCUACCAGCCUUCCUACAAUUAAGUAAAUGCAAUAUUUGAUGCUGAAAACGCGAGGUGAAAUCACACAGUAUAUGACUGAAGUGAUUUUGAAACCGAUCGUUGUCAUCAUCUGAAAUGUUGGAAGCAUAAUCUGUAUUUAUGUGUAUCUGUUGUGUAAGCAUUUGCAAAAUAUACCUUAAAUAAAUCA